AUUUUACAUUUUUUCAUGAAAAAUCAAGAGGUUGAAGAGGAAGAAGAGGUAUUAGAUGUAGAGGUAGCUCCAGAGGCUGAGCCCGAGCAAGAACCUGAGACAGAACCAGAGGUGCAUGAGGAAGAGGCCUAUGAAGAGGAAGAGGAAAAGCCAAAAUACAGACCCAGUGCACCAAAAAUCCCAGAAGGAGAUAAAGUAGAUUUUGAUGACAUCCAGAAAAAACGUCAGAAUAAGGAUCUCAUUGAGCUGCAGACACUCAUCGAUGCCCACUUUGAAUGCAGGAAAAAGGAAGAGGAGGAGCUUAUUGCUCUGAAAGAGAGAAUUGAGAAACGUAGGGCUGAGAGAUCAGACCAGCAGAGGAUCCGUGCUGAACAGGACAAAGAGCGUCAGUCAAGACGUGAGGAGGAAAGGCUGAGGAGGGAGGAGGCAGAUGCAAAGAAGAAGGCAGAGGAUGAUGCCAAGAAGAAAUCUGUUCUGACAAGCAUGGGCUCCAACUACAGUAGCUACCUGCAGAAGGCUGACCAAAAGAAGGGAAAGAAACAGACAGAGAGAGAGAAAAAAAGAAAGAUCUUGGCUGAAAGACGCAAGCCCCUAAACAUUGAUCAUCUGAAUGAAGACAAGCUGAGGGAUAAGGCCAAGGAGCUGUGGGACUGGAUGUACAAUCUUGAAUCUGAAAAAUUUGACCACAUUGAGAAGCUAAAGAGACAAAAAUAUGAGGUCAUUUCACUUCGUAACCGUAUUGAUGAGCUGCAGAAGCACUCCAAGAAGGGUGCUGCUGCUCGUCGCAGAAAGUAGACUGUUCAUGUAGAAACUUUACCAUUCGAAGCAAUGGCCUAACUACUCAGCUUCCUCUAACCAUUCACAUUGUCUUCAGACAUCUGAAUUUCGACUGAUCCUCAAAGAUGAGAUACCAUGUGAUUUUACUCUAGGUCAAUUUUUCUGAAACCAUUGUAUGGUUUGCAUUCUAUUCUGUAUAAAUAAAGUUUUAGAUCCCAAACUUUCCA